AGUGCUCAGAGUGCGUUGACUGUCGAUCGAUCGAGGCGUGUUCCGCGUUCGUCCUUUAUCGACUGGCGCCUCGAGUAUCCUGUGGUGAGGUGGCUCCUCGGUGGUGUAGAUUUUGGCUUAUCUCCGCCCAGCCCAGCCAGUCCCCAGAGUCCCCACUUGGCCGAGCUCUGAUGGUUUGAACCCGCACCGUACUGGUACCUGGUGCUAAUUGGUUGAGUUCGCUUCCGUGUGAGUGACGUGUCUGUGAGGUUUUUGUCUGCGACUGUUGACGACGACGUGGUCGGAAGGCACCUUUCGACAACCUUUCAGCUUCCGCAGCAGCAGCAGCAGCAGCAGCAGCAGAGAGUUCAGCGAUCAACUAUCAACCAAACCUUCGACAUUGGAAUACAGCGGGACCGGCAUUUACCGGAACUCGAGCUGCCAGUCGUCCAGUCAGUACAGCAAGUGAUAAAUACGAUUAACACGAAAAGUUAAACUGAUUCCAGUCAAGUUCCCUCUGUGAUUCGUCGUCUGCUAGACUGCGUACCCUUUUGUGCCUGCCCGGGAGCCGUGUAGUCGUCGCAAGUCGUGAGGGCUCGCGCACUCUAGGCUCGUAGGCGCGUUACAUGUAUCCAACGACCUCGUGGUUCCAUAACGUGGCUAGGCUCUGCUUCUGGGAACGCAACAACGGUCUGGUACAGUUUGGUUUCGUGUACUGUGCGAAAAUGUGCAAGAAAAAAUAAUCUGCCGGCCCCGCUGCGACGAAAACUGCGCCCAGGACCCAGGAGUGGUGCGUGGGCAGUGGUGGACGUGGACCGUUGGACCGUGGUGGACCAGCGACCAGGUCCACGAAAGUGAUUUCCAAGAUCUCAGCAAGUGCCCCCAAGUGUCUAAGUGAACAUUGCGAAGACCCAGUAAAAACCCGAAAUAAAAGUCCAGUCGGCCAAGUUUGAACUCGGGAUUCGGGCAGUCAGUGAAUCCGCGAACCAGUCGGAAUUCACCGCCAGGUAGUCGACGUUGUCGAGGCUCGUGGAAGGAGGAAGCUCUGGAUCUGGGCAGUUCAACAUUCACGUGGAAAAAGGCGUCUGCGCCUACUGCUGAAUCCCCUGCGGAAACGUGACCCGUCCCUUUGUAUCUUCUGCUAGAGCUAGAGCAAGCCGAUCGACGGACACGGUGUGCGCGAUCCCAAAACGGCGAACGUCGCGUGGGUGUCCAAUUUGAGCCAACAAUGGGAAACAAUCCCGAUGGAGCCAACACGGUAGACCUGUUGGAGAGCGGUGGCGUCGACUACGAGCAGGCACUGUCGCUGACGGGCUUCGGAUGGUUCCACUACCGUUUGCUGGCCUUGUGCGGGCUCAUCUACGCGAACACUGCGAUCGGUGUGACCAUCAUCUCGUUCGUGCUGCCAUCCGCGACCUGUGUCUUCCAGAUGACGUCCGAGGAUAAGGGAUGGUUAACGGCUGCACCCAUGCUAGGCAUGGUAAUUGGAUCAUACUUCUGGGGCUGCCUGGCGGACACCAAAGGGCGGCGAGUGGUGCUCAUCGUUGCCCUGCUCCUGGACGGCAUCAUUGGGAUUCUGUCCACGGCCUCGCAAAAGUUUCCGCUCUUCAUGUUUCUCCGGUUCAUCAACGGCUUUGCCAUAACUGGCGCAAUGGGCAUUUGCUUUCCGUACCUGGGGGAAUUCCAGCCGACGGCCUACCGCGAGAAGAUCCUCUGCUGGAUGGAGCUCUUCUGGACGCUCGGUAUCAUCGUGCUGCCGUGUAUCGCCUGGCUCGUUAUACCGUUGGACUUUCGGUUCGAAAGCCCCAGCGGGUUCCUGUUCGGCAGCUGGAACCUAUUUGUGGCCCUCAGCGCCAUACCCAGCCUUCUGCUCGGUCUGUGGCUGUUCUACUUUCCGGAGAGUCCCAAGUUUCUGAUCGAAUGCGGCGAGGAAGAGCUGGCGAUUGAAAUACUCAAGGACAUGUACCACAUCAAUACGGGGGGCGUUCGGGACGACUACCCGAUCACCGGACUGAAGGAGCGCGAAAAGGGCAACGCCAUCAUGGAGACGCACAAGCGCUCGAUCCGUACCUUCAGCAUGCACAAGCCGAAGCACAUGAAGAUUCUGCUCGGCGAAAUCUGGGAGCAAACGAAGGCACUGUGCGGGCCCCAAUUCCGGCGCAACACGGUGCUGGCGUGCAUGAUCCAGUUCGGCAUCACCACCAGCUACUACACGCUGAUGAUCUGGUUCCCGGAGCUGUUCGGGCGGUUCGAGGAGUACGAGAAGCGCAACCCGAACGCGUCCGUCUCCGUGUGCGACGUGUCGUCUGUUGUGCUCGAGAACGUCAACGGGACGCUCGUGGACGACUUCUGCGGCACCGAGAUCGACACGAAGGUGUACUGGCACACGCUGCUCCUGGGGUUCGCCUGCAUCCCGACCAGCUUCUGGUUGCCACUGUGCGUCCACCGGCUCGGUGCCAAGUUUUUCCUGAUUUUCAGCCUGAUGGUGGCCGGUGCCGUCACGGUGGGGCUCUCGUACGUCCACAACUCCACCCAGAACCUGCUGUUGUCCUGCAUUUUCGAAGCGCUAACAUCGAUGGGCAUCAGCACAGUCUACUGCGUGAUGGUGGAUCUCUUCCCAACCAACCUUCGGGUGAUGGCCGCUGCUCUCUCGCUCACGUGCGGACGUGGUGGCGCUCUGCUCGGGAACAUACUGUUCGGGUUUCUGGUGGAUCUCAACUGCUCCAUCCCGGUGGUGCUGUUUUCCGCCAUGCUUUUCGGGAGUGCGAUUCUGUGCUUUUUCCUGCCCAACACGGGCAGCAAGGCGCUCGAGUAGGUUGCGCCUGGGACUCCGGCGCAUUGUACUACUCUCGGCUACAGGCGACGUGUACGUCAGGUGUCAGGCAACACCGAUCCAGUUGUGUAAUAAGGGUGUCCAAAUAUAUACAUUACAAAAUACGUAUAUGUACUUUAACAAGAGCUAAGCUAUAGACUAUGCUAUGGCAGUCAUCGGAAGGGGUCGAACAGUGUUACCCCGAUGAUUUGAACGUGGUUUGACCAGCAACACCGGAACAGCCGCUUUCAGGGGCCGCUUUAGGGCUAACUGGAACACUGGGCGGAAUUCAGUACGUAGCGAUUCCCGGUGCGGAGCGUAUUUAAUAACAGAAGUAUUCUUUUAUUAGUACUAAAGCAAACAAUCUAGUAACUAAGGUGCCUGACAUGAAGGAAGAACUACUACGCGGUGGUGCUGCAACGCACGAUUCAACCCCAAAUCCCGUUUUGGGCGGAGAUGGUGGUCGUGUGAGAGAGUUUGUCGGUUUUGUGAUCCAAAAACAACACACACACACACACGCACACACACACAUACGGUACGUGUUGUGUGUUGUGCCCUAGCAGUGACAUUAACGCUAAUAUAUUCCACAGUAACCUGUAGCACCUCAACUAAAAAAAGUAGCAGCCGUGAAUAGUGGACGGAGAAAAAAGAAACAUAACCAAAAAUAAAAAGAAUA